GUUUCUUUUCCCCGUAAAAAGUUCACAUCGGGAAACUACAGUGUGUCCACCCAGAGACGAAGCUGCAGCCUGUCAUUAAAGUUCCGAUGGAGAAACACUGGAGCUCAAACUACUAUAGCUCCACCAGUCUUCAGCUUUCCCACAGCUUCCACCGGCCAGCCUUCCACCCAGCCCGCCGCGCUGUUCUCUCUGAGCAGCCAGCCUAAAUUCUCCUGGAGAAAUCAAAAUGAAGGUGAUAAAAAAAACCUGAAGAAAUCCCAGUAUUGUCUACAUUUCCACAAGGGCUGGACUCGGCCUGGAGGGAUGUGCAGUGGACAGAAGAGCAGAAGACGACUCUGAUGAAGACCGUGAGCUCCUACAGACCCAAAUGUGAGGAGGUGCCACAGGCUCGGGUUCUGCUCCUCGGCCCGCUUCAUUCUGGAAAGUCCAGCUUCAUCAGUUCGGUCCAGUCGCUCUUUAAUGGGAGAGUCAGCAACCGGGCCAUGGUGGGCUCGUUCUUCCCCACCAGCUUCACCAAAAAGCUGCAGUCCUUCAGCAUACACACUCAGAAGAGGGAGGAGAACACUGGGCUGGUACUGUGUGAUAUACCGGGUCUGGGUGAUGGGGAGGUGAGCGGGCUGACCCUUCAUGACAUCCUGUCAGUCAUUAAAGGACACGUCCCCGAAGGACACAAGUUUAGCCCAGGUCAGCCUGUGGUCUCAGAAACUGAUGGUUAUGUGAAGAGUCCCAGCCUCAAGGAGAAAAUCCACUGUGUGGCUUUUGUGGUGGACGCCUCCAGAAUCACAUCCUACUCCAAAGGGCUCGGCUCCACCUUCAAACAGCUCAGGGAGCACAUCAGUGACCUCUGUGUUCACCAGGUGGCUCUGCUGACCCACGUCGACAAAGUUUGUCCAAAAACGGCCAGAGAUGUGAGUGAGGUCUACAGAAGUCUGAGCAUUAAAGAGACGAUGAGUAAAGCCGGAGCUCUGUUGGGAAUGUCCACCUCCUACAUCGUUCCAGUGAAGAACUACUCCUCAGAACUGGACCUGGAUGUGAACACUGAUGUUCUGCUGCUCAGUGCCGUCGACCACAUCCUAAACUAUGCUGACCUGUUUUUCCAGGAUCACAUGCCACAAAACACAGGACAGAAGUUUAAGCUGUAGGAAUGUCUUCCUGGAAAAUAUUAAAAGUUUUCAUUCAAA